AUGUCUCGCUCCGGUGCUAAUAGAAAACACAGCAAAGCUAUUGGAAUUGAUCUAGGUACAACAUAUUCAUGCGUUGGUGUAUUUCAACAUGGCAAAGUUGAAAUCAUUGCUAAUGAUCAAGGAAAUCGAACAACACCAUCCUAUAUUGCGUUUACUGAUACUGAACGUUUGAUUGGUGAUGCUGCUAAAAAUCAAGCAGCUAUGAAUCCACCGAAUACGAUAUUCGAUGCUAAACGUUUAAUAGGACGACGUUUCGAUGAUGAUACAGUACAAAAAGAUAUUAAAUUAUGGCCAUUUAAAGUUAUCAGUGGUAAAGAUAGAAAACCAUUUAUUGAAGUUUUAUACAAAGGUGAAAGAAAGCUUUUUUCUCCUGAAGAAAUUUCUUCUAUGGUACUAACAAAAAUGAAAGAAACAGCUGAAGCUUUCUUAGGCGCUCCUAUUAGACAAGCUGUUGUUACUGUUCCUGCCUACUUCAAUGAUUCACAACGACAGGCAACCAAAGAUGCAGGUACAAUAUCUGGUCUAGAUGUUCUUCGUAUCAUAAAUGAACCAACAGCUGCAGCACUUGCUUAUGGUCUAGAAAAAAAACUUCAACGUGACCAAAAUAUUCUUAUUUAUGAUCUUGGUGGUGGAACAUUCGAUGUAUCAGUUUUAACCAUCGGUGCUGGUGAAGGUAGCGGUUCUAUAUUUGAAGUAAAAGCAACAGCUGGAAAUACACAUUUAGGUGGUGAAGAUUUCGAUAAUCGUUUAGUCCAACAUUUUGUUGAAGAAUUUCGUCGUAAGCAUGGCAAAGAUAUAUCAAAACAUACAAAAGCUGUACGUCGUUUAAGAAGCGCAAGUGAACGUGCUAAGCGAACAUUAUCAUCAUCGACAACGGCUUCUAUUGAAAUCGACUCACUUUUCGAUGGCAUCGAUUUUAAUACACAAAUAAGUCGUGCUCGUUUUGAAGAACUUAAUAUGGAUAUGUUUCGCAGUACGAUAGGCCCUGUGGAACAUGCACUUCGAGAUGCUAAAUUAGAGAAACGCGAUAUCGAAGAAGUUGUUUUAGUGGGUGGUUCAACACGUAUACCAAAAGUUCAACAAUUAUUGUCCGAUUUUUUUAAUGGAAAACCUCUAAAUAAGAAUAUUAAUCCAGAUGAAGCUGUUGCUUACGGUGCAGCUGUACAAGCUGCUAUACUUACAGGUGAUCAAAGUGAAAUGAUUAAAGAUGUUUUACUCAUUGAUGUAACACCCCUAUCAAUGGGUAUUGAAACAGCUGGUGGUGUUAUGACAAAAUUAAUUGAACGUAAUCAACGCAUUCCAUAUAAAAAAGGGCAAUUAUUUACAACAUAUACUGAUAAUCAACCAGCGGUUACCAUUCAAGUAUACGAAGGCGAACGUUCGAUGACAAGAGAUAAUCAUCUAUUGGGUAAAUUUGAUCUCGAAGGUAUUCCAGCAGCACCACGCGGAGUACCACAAAUUGAAGUUACCUUCGAUGUAGAUGCAAAUGGUAUUCUUCAUGUUACUGCUGAAGAUAAGAGUACAGGACGCAACAAAAGAAUAGAAAUUAAAAAUGAUAAAGGACGUCUAACACAAGCGGAAAUUCAGCGUAUGGUCAGCGAAGCAGAGAAGUACCGCGAAGAAGAUGAACAAACACGUGAACGUGUCAAUGCACGAAAUCAUCUUGAAACAUAUGUAUAUUCCUGUAAGCUAGUAGUACAAAAUUAUAGUGGUUCAUCCUUGUCCGAGUCUGAUAAAUCAACAGUUUUAAAUGCUUGUGAAGAAGCACAGAAAUGGCUAGAUGGAAAUCGAUCAGCUAGGAAAGAUGAUAUUGUACAUCGCUAUUCGGAAUUAGAAAGAAAGUGUCAACGCAUUAUGACAAAGAUACACACUGGUGAUCCAGAUAAACAGCAGUAUAGUCGAAACGGAACUCAUAAUGGUACCAAUGGAUAUGCUGGUCCACGAGUCGAAGAAGUUGAUUAG